CGCGAGCAGCUGGCCAGCGGACCCCUGCCGGGCCCUGAGGGACAGCCGUCGGGGUGAUGGCGAUCCUGGGGUGCAGGUGCAGGGUGUGACGCGCGCGCCAGGUACCCCGGGGACGGAGACUUAGGACGCGGAGCGUGCCGUUGUCGGACAGACAAGUCUUGCCCUCCCUGGCCCUCGCGCCCCCUGGUCCUCCUACCCCGCCAGGUUGUGUGCCCGCGGGCUCCGGAUGACAGAUCGCGUGCGCGUGGCUCGGGGCGGCGCUCGGAGCUGUGGCUUUCCCCCCACGCGCGUCACCGCCCUCUGGGGCGAGGGCGAGGACGCGACGCCUGGGACGCCCCACCGCGCCUUAACUUUCCCCGAGCGCGCACACCCGCCCGUGAGGCGGAUCAGAGCGCGUCCCACCCAAGGUCGCCCAGCCCCACUCGCAUUUACUUUUCAAAGGUCGUGUGUACCCAGUCUGAACUCGGAGAGACGUUCGGCUGGGCGGGUUGUGGGCAGGGCCAGGUGCUCUGAAGGGCGAGGUCGUCUGCCCAAGCUCCUUGGAGACCCCUUCCCCUGCUGAGGACAGGAGUUGGAUUGGUUACUUCUGGAGCCUCACCUAACUUCUGGGUCGGGUUGUCUCGUCCCCCGGGUUGGUCCGGCGGCAGUGCCAAACUGAGCAGGCAUAACUACUUCACACUUCCAGGAUGGCAAUCCAAUUCCGCUCAUUCUUCCCCUUGGCACUUCCUGGGAUGUUGGUGAUCCUCGGCUGGUGGUGGUUUUUCUCUCGUAAAAAAGAGCAGGUCAGCAGCAAUGAUAAGCCGGUAGAGGCUGGUGCUGUAUCACUGAGGGCUGGCCACAAGGAAGCGCUCCCUACGGAAGAGGUCUGUCCUAGAGUCAUCGCCAUGCCUCCCAGUGUCACACAGCUGCUAGAAAAGGAACAGUUCACUGAAAGCAGACCUUCUGCAGAGCCUCCAGCCUUGUUGCAGGUGCACCCAGUCCGUCGCAGAUCAGAGUCCUCGGCCAGCCUCCCUAACACCACAGACAUAAGAUCACAGUCAGGAACACGCAGAGAUGACAGUGCAAAGGUGGAACUUGCACUGAUGGGUGACGAAGCCAAAUCUAUUCCUCUUGAAUGUCCCCGUCCAUCCCCAAAGGAUGUACCAUUUCCCCAUGAAGCAGCUGAAGUGUGUAAGCGAGAGUCUGUGUUUAGCAGGGUGCCAGGGAGGGGCUUGUCUGCCCAGUCUGUGGCUCCCACAGAGAAGCAUGGCACUGGUGAGAAGGCAAGAGAGACAGGUGGUGCUGAGGGGACUGGCGAUGCAGUGGUGGUGGGAGAGAAUGUUCUUGAAGAAAGUCUGUUGUCCCAGGAGUGUCUCUUAGAAUUGGAGAGCAACAAGGCCCUCAGCCUGGCCCCCUCAGGAGGUGGGGGAGAGAAGGGAAGCAGUGACUUUCCCCCAGUGGGCAAGCCCGUGCAGAACAAAGAGUGUGAAGAGUGCAUAGCUGAGUGCAUGGUGGGAAAGUUGCUAAGUAGUGUCAUCGAGUCUGCUCGUCUAGAGCUGGCUAAGGAGGAAGACACCCAGCUAACUCAGGCCCCAGGUGACAAAGCCCAGGACAAAGACCUGACUGGAGAGCUGGGCAAAGAGGAGACUUUGGACAAAAAUGAACAGAUUGAGCAGGCCGCCUUCCAGAUCAUCUCCCAGGUGAUGUUGGAAGCAACUGAAGAGGUGCUAGCCACCACAGAAGGCAAGGUUGCAGGUUGGGAGGAUCAGACCUCAGCCACUCAGUCUCAAGGGCAGAAAGAUGAGAGCUGUGCCCCAGUCAGCCGGAAAACUGUCCUGGGGCAGGAUGCUGCCGAGCCUGCUACAGCCACAGAAGGGUCUGCUGCUGGCCCACUAGCUACCACCCUUGCCUCACCAGACCUGCCAGCAGAGGCAGAGGACCUGUCACCACCAAAGACCUAUGUGAGCUGCCUGAGCAGCCCUAUGUCCAGCCCCACCAAGGACGAGAAGCCAAAGAACUCCGCACACCACAUCUCCCUGGCCCCCUGCCCACCACCAGCCACCCUCCAGGGAGAGUCAGUUGACAAGGCAAGCAUCCUGAGGGAAGAUGCCACUUGUGUCACCUGCAUGUCAGACAACAGCCAGAGUGUCCAAUCAGUGGUUUCUUCAGGCCAGUGCUCAGAUUCCGCCAGCACUUCAGGGCUUGAAGACUCCUGCACAGAGACCAACUCAAGCCCCAGGGACAAAGCCAUCAGCCCAUCGCUGCCAGACAGUUCUGAGCCCUUCAGCAAUGGGGUGCUGAAGGGGGAGUUGUCAGACUUGGGGGCUGAGGAUGGAUGGACCAUGGACACGGAAGCAGAUCACUCGGGAGGUUCCGACGGGAAUAGCAUGGAUUCCAUGGAUAGCUGUUGCGGGCUCAAGAAGUCGGACAGUCUCCAAAAUGCCCAGGCAGACUCCAACCCGAAAAAGGUCGACCUCAUCAUCUGGGAGAUCGAGGUGCCAAAGCACUUGGUCGGCCGUCUGAUUGGCAAGCAGGGCCGUUAUGUGAGUUUUCUGAAGCAGACAUCUGGUGCCAAGAUCUACAUCUCCACACUGCCUUACACCCAGAACAUCCAGAUCUGCCACAUCGAAGGCUCUCAGCAUCAUGUGGACAAAGCUCUGAGUUUGAUUGGGAAGAAGUUUAAGGAACUGAACCUCACCAAUAUCUACGCUCCCCCAUUGCCUUCACUGGCGCUGCCUUCCCUGCCAAUGACAUCCUGGCUCAUGCUGCCUGAUGGUAUCACCGUGGAGGUCAUUGUAGUCAACCAGGUCAACGCCGGGCACCUGUUUGUACAGCAGCACACACACCCCACCUUCCACGCACUGCGCAGCCUGGACCAGCAGAUGUAUCUCUGCUAUUCUCAGCCUGGAAUUCCCACCUUGCCUACCCCAGUAGAAAUAACGGUCAUCUGUGCUGCCCCUGGUGUGGAUGGGGCUUGGUGGCGAGCCCAAGUGGUUGCCUCCUAUGAGGAGACUGACGAGGUGGAGAUUCGCUACGUGGACUAUGGUGGAUAUAAGAGGGUGAAGGUAGACGUACUCCGGCAAAUCAGGUCUGACUUUGUGACCCUGCCAUUCCAGGGAGCAGAAGUCCUUCUAGACAGUGUGAUGCCCCUGUCAGAUGACGACCACUUUUCACCUGAAGCAGAUGCAGCCAUGAGUGAGAUGACAGGAAAUACAGCACUGCUUGCCCAGGUGACAAGUUACAGUCCAACUGGCCUUCCUCUGAUUCAGCUGUGGAGUGUGGUUGGAGAUGAAGUGGUGUUGAUAAACCGGUCACUGGUGGAGCGAGGCCUUGCACAGUGGGUGGAGAGCUACUGUGCCAGUCUUUGACCCUGGCCCCCAGAGCCACUGCUUGAGUCAUUUUGCACUGUUGAAAUUGGGCUUGGCCCUCAAGACAAAGAUCUAACAUCACAGUAACAUGCGGUGUCUUCUUGUGUCCUCUCCCCCACCCCCUCGCCCUGGGCGGUAUAGUCCUGUUGAAGAUCUCUCCUCUUGAGGAUCUGUGGGUUCUUUUCAGAGCCUUAGGAUGGUUUUCACAAGCCACUGGCUUAACCUCGUUCUAAGCUGUUUAAAGAAACAUUGAAGAAAGGCAUCUCAACCAGGUUGCCCGUGUUCCCUCCCCUUCUUCUUCCUUCCCACGCUUUCCCCACUAUACCCCAUAGACUGCCCCAG